CCCGAAACCAUAGAAUUACCCCUCUACAACCUGUCUCCUUCCACAACUCUCGAAAGUGCAGAGUAUAAUGAGCGAAAAUGUCAGAAAGCAGCAGCGCCAAUACAUCAUGCGAGUCCAAAAUUUUAUCAGGACAUGCAACACAACUACUUGAGCAAACAAGGCAGGAUUUUGCAGAAAACCUCCGUUCUGCUACGCCUCCGUCCCAGUCACCCGCUUUAUACCUAAGGUUAGAGCCCAACAAUGCGCUAGUGGCAGAGAUUGAGAAGCAGUUCAAAAAGAAGUCGCAUCAUUGCUAUGUCGCUGUCUUUUUCCGCGGAGAAUUUACGGUUGGGGAAAUGUACGAUACAAUUAUCAUUCCUCUGGAAAAGAUCGGGAAUGCGCAUGCAAGAUCAAAAGAUACCUCAUCUGGAAGCACACUUGACUGGAGUGGGUUAAAGUAUCUGCAAAUCAAGGAUAGGUUUAUUUUCAUUGUUGAUGGUGGCCAUCUUAGUAGCGUGGUUGUGGCAUUUGAGAGGAACUUGGACAAAAAAACAAUAUGAAAUAUAGCUGGGUCGGAUGAGCAAUGCCUGUAAAUUGAUACAAUUCUGU